CUCGCGUCUGUCAUCUACUUCCGGAAUUUAAAGCCAGUUUCCGGAAGCCAGGACGGUGUCCCCAUGACAACCGACGUUGAGUCUUGGAGAUUUGAUUCAGCCGAAGAGUCACAGGACAUCCCCAGAGCAACAUGCCCUUGCUUAGAACAAGGAAAACAGCUCUGAGUCAGAGGAACUAGAAACCUCUCCCUCAGUGGUGGGAAGAGAACCGAGGUGUUUUCUAGGGAAUUGUGGAAUGAGCCCUUGGGGGCCCAAGAAAACAAAAGGAAGAUGCUCCAGACCAGUAACUACAGCCUGGUGCUCUCCUUGCAGUUCCUGCUGCUGUCCUAUGACCUCUUUGUCAAUUCCUUCUCCGAGUUACUCCGAAUGGCUCCUGUCAUCCAGCUGGUGCUUUUCAUCAUCCAGGAUAUUGCAAUCCUCUUCAACAUCAUCAUCAUUUUCCUCAUGUUCUUCAACACCUUCGUCUUCCAGGCUGGCCUGGUCAACCUCCUGUUCCAUAAGUUCAAAGGGACCAUCAUCCUAACAGCUGUAUACUUAGGCCUCAGCAUCUCCUUUCAUGUCUGGGUCAUGAAUUUACGCUGGAAAAACUCCAACAGCUUUGUUUGGACAGACGGACUUCAAACGCUAUUUGUAUUCCAGAGACUAGCGGCAGUGCUAUACUGUUACUUCUACAAACGGACAGCUGUGAGACUGGGCGACCCUCGCUUCUACCAGGACUCUUUAUGGCUACGCAAGGAGUUCAUGCAAGUCCGAAGGUGACCUCUUCUUGUCACACUAAUGGAUGCCUUACCUUCCUGAUAGAAGCCAUGUUUGCUGCUCUGCAGGGAGAGGUUGUCCCUAUGCGCCAGGAAGCAGCUGGAUUUUCCUAGGAGGGCUCAGGCCAGUUGUGUUCAGCAUUCAAGAAGGAAGAUCCUCCCUCUUGCAAAUUACAGUGUUCCCCAACAGACUCUAACACAUAAUUCCUUCCUUGCCUCCCACCUCAGUUCUACCCACUUUCCUUCCUUUCCUGCUCCAUACUGUCCAUUCUCUCUGCCCCUCUUUCUUAUAGAGGUCUCUGUGGCUCUUACCCUUGUGAAGCUUUUCAUUUAGCCUAGGACUAGAGGACCUCCCAGCCCCCACUUUCCUUGGACCACACAUGAGUGACUGAAGGAUGUGAAGAGUGAUAGUUAUGUGCUCCUGACUGAUCAUACCUUAGACAUCUAGAUUUUAUACCCAAGGUACUUUUUUUACAUUUUAUAAAUAGGAAAUAAAUUUCCUUUUUCUAUAAAUAGUAGAGUUUAUCUGUCUAGCUGGAUCUCAUCAUGGUUAAAAGGCAUACCAAGUCCUAGCUUCAGCAUCUACAUGACAUGUGAAUAGAUUGAGCCACAGAUCAAAUCCAGGUAUUUCUUGAGCCCCACUAUGAGUAUAAGGUAUUUUUGUAGAAAUUCAAGAUGUACUCUGAUGCCCAUCCCCUGCCCCUCGAGUUCCAAACUAAUAUGCUUCAUUCAGACUCUCUCACUAUCAGAAGUUUAAUCUGCCUUCAGAAGAAUAAAAAAGGUUCUUUUGCCUGUUUUGGCAAAAGAAAUUUUUAAAAUUCA